AUGUCCGUAUUACCGAAGGAUGAGUGCCCUCGACAGCUCAUGUAUCUCCCCUGCGAGCUCCGGGCCAUGAUCUGGAACCGGGUCGAGCAGGAGGACAUCCAGGAGGUCUGCAUCCUCCUCGCGGACCACGACCAGCGCCGGGUCCUCGCCCCGCUGACCGUCGACACCGCCUUCCCGGUGCUCAUGCACGUGUGCCGCGAGUCCCGCGCCUCCGCGGCCGCCCGCACCCGGUUCCGCUUCUCGCCCGCCGCGCGCAUCCGCACCCCCUUCCGCCGCUUCCGCCCGGAGCUCGACAUCCUCUGCGUCCCGGGCAUGGACGCCCUGCUCUACGGCCGGGCAGCACCGCCGCCCGGGCAGAGCCUCCACCAGGAAGCAGAGGACGAGGGAGGGGAGGACUCCCCGCCGCUGCCCCUCGUCCGCCACCUGGCCCUCGGCUUCUGGACCCAGCCCAUGGCCGCGUUCGUCCUGGUGACGUUCCCGCGCCUGCGGUCGCUGUCGCUGGUGCUGCGGCGGCCCGACGGCCAGCCGAUGCGCGCGGGCACCGGGCUCGGGAUCCCCGUGCGGCGGUGCCAGCUCCGGCGCGUCGAGGUCGGCCGGGCUGGGAGCGGUGGCGGUGGCGGCCCGGGCAUCCUGUCCGACUGCGCGCGGGUCGACCGCGGCGCCAAGGGCGUCGCGGCCAUCCUGCAGCGGCUGCGCUGCGACCUGUUCCGGGGCGGCGGGGUGCCGCGGUCGGCGGACGGGCGCCCGCUCGGCUGUGACGACGGGAGUGGCUACGUUCCCCUGGAUCUGAGUGCGCGGUACUUCGCUACGUGGCAGUACGGGCCCUCCGAGGGGACCUUCCGUGACCGGGUUGAGUUUCCCGACGGCUUUGAGCGCUGCUGCGCUGAUUCUCACGUGCACAGUCCCGAGAAGUACGACCCUGAGCAAGUCCGUGUGAAUGAUGUAUUGCAAUAG